AUGGAUCCCCCCAGCUACCUGGAAGAGGACUAUUCCAGCCUGGAUGGGCUGGACGAUGACGUGUUUCACUCUGACUUUGGACUCACAGGUCAGCCUGGUGAGAUGACCCCUCCUGGCAUUUUCACACAGAACCAAUCCUACAGCUGUCUCCUGGGGAGGUUUCAACUGUUCCCACUCACACACUGCUGUGGUCCAGGUAUCAGGCAUGCUGAGCAGCAAGACAAGGCAACCCAAACACUCAGUCCAUCCUCUUCCACUCAGGAUGUCAUGUUGCCAUGUGGAGUCACUGAAGAGCCCCAGAGACUCUUCUAUGGGAAUGCUGGGUACCGUUUACAUGUCCCCCCAGUUGGCUUUGCAUUGAAUCCGCACCUCCAAGAGGAGCCUCGGGAAGGUCAACGGGAAGCACGUACUGAGGUUCAGAUUGCACGGAAGUUACAGUGCAUUGCAGACCAGUUCCACAGGCUCCACAUACAGAGGCAUCAGCAGAACAGAAAUCAAGUGUGGUGGCAGAUCCUUCUCUUCCUACAUAACUUGGCCUUAAAUGUGGAGGCGAACAGGAACCACGUAGGUCAGAGGUGA